UCGGUAACACUCACUAAAAGGCUACCUGGAACCAUGACGACAUGGGUCACAUCAGUUUUUGGCGUUGAUGAUGUUAACGGUUUCGGAAUUCUCGAUGAAAAUGAUAAUUUAAAGAUUCCAGUUUUCCUGCCAUUCUUUAUAGAAAUAAAGAAGCCAUCUUAUAUUGUUGCUGGAAACAGUGCUGUCGUCAAAAUUACUUUGUUCAACAAUUCUCCGGUUACAAAAAUGGUUUAUAUCCACAUUCAGUUUCAAAGUGAAACAAGUGGUUUCUCGCGUCAGCUUGCUAGUGGGAAUUCGACUGUGUAUUUUCAUGGAAUACAACCAAAAGCGGACAGAUAUGGAAACUUCAAUGUAACUGUGGUUGCGUAUGAUCUAAUGAAUUCCUUUCAAGUAUUAGACUGGAUCCAAAAACCAAUUAAUGUAAAGGCACCUGGUUUAGAACAACUGUACAACAUUCCAUACUUUUUGACAUUGAGUAACAGAAUGUCAUCGGUUAUAAAAACUGUUACAAUAACACUCCCACGCCAUGCAAUACAAGGAACUCAAUCCGUAUAUUUAACAAUCACAGGAGACAUAAUGGCGCCAACUAUAGGUGGACUUGGUCAUUUAAUCCGCACUCCCUGUGGAUGUGGAGAACAAACUAUGAUGUAUCUUGCACCUAAUAUUUACGUGAUCCAUUACCUUAAGUCAACAAAUCAAUUGUCAGCAGAUGUUAGAACCAAAAUAGUAACAAAUAUCAACAGAGGCAUAGACAAUGAAUUGAGAUGGCAAAAGUCUGAUGGAUCAUUCAGUGUAUGGGGAAAUAGAGAUAGACAUGGAAGCACGUGGUUGACUUCAUUUGUGCUUUUGUGCUUUCACCAGGCGGAUUCUUUUGUACCUGUUGACAAAGAUAUAUUUACACGUGGCAUAAACUGGCUAUUGAACAAACAAAACAUUGAUGGUUCUUUUCAAGAACAUGGCUACGUUAUUCACUAUCAAAUGCAGGGAGGAGUAAGAGCUAGUCGUGCUACUAUCACAGCAUACGUCUUACUGACUCUGUUAGAAAACAAAGAUAUUAGGGAAUAUAGGAAAAAAAUGGCGAUUGCAAAGAGAAAAGCAGGGCAAUACUUAACCAGGUCCAGUGUUAUGCGAGAUUUAAAGAACACUAAUCACGGAAUGGCUUUUACGAGCUAUGUUUUACAAAAGGCCGGAUACCAGAGAAAAGCGAGACAGUUGUACGCUACUUUAAAGGGAAGGUCAAAGGAAUCAGGUGACUAUCUGUUUUGGCAAGACAAUGGAAGCAAAGUGUACAAACAAAAACUUAGCUGGCAAGCCCCAAACCCUAGAGCAAGACCGAUUGACAUUGAAACGUCUGCUUAUGCACUAUUAUAUCUUUCUGAGAGAAGAGACAUUACGGAGGGAAUGAAAAUAAUGAAGUGGCUUGUUUCCCAACGAAACCCCCAAGGAGGGUUUACUUCUACACAGGACACGGUCGUAUCACUUCAUGCACUCUCAAGAUUCUCCAGUAUGUUACAGCAAUCAAUUUUAAAUGCACAAGUGAAGGUGAAAAGUGGAUCAACUGAAAAAACAUUUAAUGUUACGCAGCAAAACAAACAACUCAUACAGAGAAUGGAGCUUGGUAACAGUACAAGCAAUGUGGAAAUAAAGACUUCAGGGAAAGGAUUAAUUCUGGUUGAUACUGUUGUAAAAUAUAAUGUGAUGAAAAGCGAGGACUCUGCAUUCGAAAUUAAAACAAGUAUCAACCCUUCAAAGCAAACUUUUGACAAGAUUACCGUAAAUGUCUGUAUAAGGAGGAAGGACAAUAAGGAUAAUGGCAUGGUGGUUGCAGAGGUUGGAGUCCCUUGUGGGUUUGUGGGUGACCUCACAAAAACCAGGGCCCGGGGUCUCGAACACAAAGAAAAAAGUUCUGAUGCAGUAGUGCUGUAUUUCAAAAAUCUUCGCGGAAGCAAAGUGUGCUUUGACGUAACAGCUAACAGAGUGGACAAAGUUACGGAGUCACAGGCGAUUCCUAUUACAGUGUAUGAUUAUUAUGAACCAGUGAAUUAUGGGAUCUCAAGUUAUAGGUCCGGUAAGCUGAAAGAGAUGAACCUGUGUAAUAUCUGCAAGCACUGCACCAUAUGCCAGGGAAUUGAACUGGGCUGAGAUGAAAAAAACUACAUUGUUGAUUAAAAAAUCAAAUAAAGAUUUU